AUGUUCAAUAAGUGGCGCACUUGGUCACCUUUCACUCUCUUCUCCAUUUAUUUCCUGGCCCUGGUCCAUUGCGACCCAAUCUCUACCUCCGCCUCCCACCCCUCCGCUUCCCUGUCUCUGGCCCUCUCAAACACCGCCGCAACAGUUCAAGCAGCCGAAGCCAGCCAGACUCAGCAACCUCCAGAUCCCGAUGCGAACAAAUACUUCCACGAACCAGGCGGAGACGACCUGUUGCAUCACUAUGACAUUCGCUACUUUCAGAAAAUCGUCACCGAUGAAGAAAGGCAAGACACCCUCAAGCACCUCAUUCGUGCCUAUCUCUUGACCUUUGAGUAUCUGGGCCUUGAGACUUGGAUCGCCCAUGGCACGCUGUUGGCCUGGUACUGGAAUGGUCAGAUCCUUCCCUGGGACUGGGACCUCGACACUCAGGCAUGUCGCUUCCUGCCCUCUCCGCUCUUGGUCACUGAUGAAGGUUUAAAAGCACUUGGGAAGCACUACAACCAGACCUUCUAUGACUAUGAUCAGGGCAAUGGUACUCCGACACGACGAUAUUUUCUGGAUGUCAAUUCUUGGGCAUGGCAAAGGGAUCGUGGCGAUGGGGCAAAUAUCAUCGAUGCUAGAUUCAUCAGCGUUGACAAUGGACUCUUCAUUGAUAUCACGGGCUUGUCAGAAGUCUACCCGGACACUCAACCUGGAAUCAUCAUGUGCAAGAACGACCACAAGUACAGACUCAGGGACAUGUUUCCCCUGCGCGAAACCCAUUUCGAAGGCGUCAAAGCCAAGGUUCCAUACUCAUAUGUCCCCAUUCUCAUUGAGGAGUACUCGGAUCAAGCAUUGGUCAGGACUGAAUUUCACGAGUAA